AUGACAAGAAGAUAUUGGAACAUUAACUUGGAAGAGAUGCUGGAGGCGGGAGUUCAUUUUGGCCAUGGUACUAGGAAAUGGAAUCCUAAAAUGGCACCUUAUAUCUCUGCAAAGCGUAAAGCAAGUAGGGGAAAACAGUUCUUGAUUGUUGGUACCAAAAAGAAAGCAGCUGAUUCAGUAGCAUGGGCUGCAAUAAAAGCCCGUAAUUUAUUAGCAGCUGAAAAAAUCAAGCAAAAGAAUUUGCAGAAAUCGAAACCGCCGACGGCUGAGAUGGUUGAUAGCGGUGUUGCUGCGGCGGCGACGGAGCAGAGGCAGACCAUCACCACCAGCACAGCUGAGAGCACCAAGAGCGAAGCCGUCAACGCUCCUUCUUCGUCUGACCGCCCAAUUCGUGUCUAUGCCGGCGGGAUCUUUGCUUCUCACAGCUGGAGACGGCGACGGAGCGCCGGAAGGCGAUUGCGCUACGGUGGAGGCUAG